AUGGCAUUCCUGUCCGCAUUCGCAGUCCAUCGCAUGACAAGCCCAGCAGUUAUGAACCCCUGCCAGCCGGUGUGCCGGCCACCGACCGGCCUGCUGCGGCUGCGGCUGCGGCUGCGGCCACCGGCCCUAUCCCCGGCGCAUGGGCCCCGGUCCAACCGGCCCCACACCGCGCUCCUUCUACCAGCAGCCCUACCCACCUUCGCGGCAUCCGACCCGUGUGCGGCGCCGACGCAAGGCAUCGGCGCCGCCGGCGCUGCCGCAUGUGGCGGCGGCGGUUCAGCGCUGGGCAGCUCCGGAACCAGGUUGAUGACCCAGGUCAACAGCCGACUGGCCGCCCUCGGAGGUGCCGGUUGCGGCCGCAUUGGUCACAGCGGCGUGCUGUUGCUGAAGUGGGUCACAACGACCCAUGGGUCGAAGCGAAGGGGGGUGGUCGCUGGUGCCAGCCGUGUGCCGCAGCAGCCCGCCCUGGUGGUGGUGGAGUCGCCGACAAAGGCGAAGAAGAUCCAGGGCUUCCUGGGGGACAAGUACAAGGUUGUUGCCAGCUACGGUCACAUCCACGACCUGCCCAGCCGUGAGGGCUCCGUGCGGCCCGAUGAUGACUUCUCCCUGGACUGGCAGCUGGUGCCGGGUGCGGGCCCCCGGCUGGAGCAGAUCGCGGGGGCGGCCGCGGGUUGCCCCCUGCUGCUGCUGGCCACCGACCCGGACCGGGAGGGGGAGGCCAUAUCCUGGCACAUACAGCGGGAGCUGGAGCGGCGGAAGGUGCUGCACCGGUUUGGUUCCGUACAGCGGAUCACGUUCACGGAGAUCACCCGGAGCGCCCUCACCACCGCACUGGGGGCCGGCAGACCCGUCAGUCAGCCCCUGGUCGACGCCUAUCUGGCCCGGAGAGCUCUAGACUACCUGCUGGGGUUCCACCUGUCACCCGUGCUGUGGAGGAAGCUGCCGGGGGCCAAGUCGGCAGGCCGGGUGCAGUCUGUGGCCCUCCGGCUGGUGUGUGAGCGGGAGGCGGAGGUGGAGAGGUUCACUCCCACACCAUACUGGUCAAUAACGGCCAACCUAACAAUUAACCAGGAUAACCACCGCCAACCACCAUCACCCGCUUCCUUCAGCGCCCGGCUAACUCACGUGGACGGUCGGCGGUUGGGCCCUAUGGACAUCCGCAGUGGGGAGGUGGCCGGGCAGUUGGCGGAUAGAAUACGGUCCGGCCCCGUGGUGGUUUCCCGGGUCACACGGCGGCAGCUGCAGCGCCACCCCUCCCCGCCCUUCACCACCGCCAGCCUGCAACAGGAGGCCUCGCGUCGGCUGGGUUUCGGAGCGGCCAAGACCAUGCGGGUGGCGCAGCAGCUGUACGAGGGGGCAGGCACUGGCGAGGGCCUUAUCAGCUACAUGCGCACGGACGGAGUGCAAAUGUCGGAGGAAGCGGUCGGGAAGCUGCGUACGACAAUUGGUGUAUUGUACGGCGAUGAUUUCUUACCGCUUCAGCCAAGGCAGUACAAGAGUCGCGCCAAGAACGCGCAGGAGGCCCACGAGGCCAUCCGCCCCACCCACCCCGCCACCGUCACCCCCUCCUCCCUGCCGCCCUCCCUGGACGCCGACCAACGGGCGCUGUACGAACUCAUAUUCAGGAGGGCGAUGGCCUCGCAAAUGGCCAGUGCCGUGUACGACGUGGUGACGGUGGAGUUCUCCGCGGAUGGGGGUUCCCUCACCUUGCGCGCCUCGGGUAGCCUGUUGAGGCAAUCCGGCUUCUUGCGGGCCUACGCUGACUUGCCUGUUUCGGACACUGAGGAGGAGGGCCCCCAGUUGCAUGGAGAGCAGGAGGAGGAGGGGGGGGAGGGGGAGUCGACACUGGCCCGUGACGACGGUGGGGGCGCCGCGGUGCAGCAGCUGCUGGCGUUACAGGUGGACUGCCCGCUGCACACGCUGUCCAUUCUCCCCUGCGAGCACUCCACCCGCCCACCCCCCCGCUAUACGGAGGCCAGCCUGGUUCGCACACUGGAGGAAAAGGGCAUUGGGCGGCCCUCCACGUACGCCCCCAUAAUGACCCGGCUGCAGGACCGCGGCUACGUGACCCGCGAGGGGCGGUCCCUGGUACCCACCGGUCUGGGCCGGGUGCUGACGGCCUUCCUGGAGCACUACUUCCCCCGGUACGUGGACUACGACUUCACCUCCAUUUUGGAAGGGCAGCUGGAUGACGUGGCGGCGGGCCGAGCCGCCUGGAAAGCCGUACUCUCCGCCUUCUGGAGCCCCUUCAGCGCGGCAGUGGCCGCCAUGGGCAAGAUACGUACGGGAGAAGUUAGCAGUAGCAGCGGCAGUAGCAACGGCAGUAGCGGCGUCAUUGACGUCCAAGGGGCCGUCGUUAGUUCUCCAGCUGUUGCUCCUGCGGCCCCUGCGGCUGCUUUGCGUGCGGCGGCGGCGGCUGUCGUCGCCCCCGACCCCCGUCUGUGCCCCAAAUGUGGUCGCGGGCGCCUGGUCCUCAAGCCCUCCCGCUACGGGGGCUUCAUCGGCUGCUCGCUGUACGCGGACCCGGCGGUGGUGUGCGACUACAGCCGACCGAUGAUGCGGCUGGGGCCCAUCCCACACCGCCCCACCCCACCCGACCGCUCCCGGGAGGGCCGCAUCCCGGCGCCUCGGAAACACAUAGGGCCCCGGAUCGACUCAGCCGCCCUCCCUCCCGCCAUCAGCAGCAGCUCGGACGGUGAGGGCGAGGCGGUGGAGACGUCUCCCUCGGCGGCGCUGUCGUGCAAUGCGACGGAGCGGCUGCUUGGCAGCCAUCCCGAGACGAGGGAGCCGGUGUGGGUACGACUGGGGCCGUACGGGCUGUACGUACAGCUGGGCAACUCGGCUCCCAAGGCGCCCAAGAAGAAGGCGGCCGCCCCGAAAAGGAGGGGGCGAAAACCCAAAUCGGGAGUGAAGGCUGAGGGGGCUGGGGGGACGGUGGAGGAGGGCGGGGGCGAGAGCGGGGCGGCGGAGGUGGAGGUGGAGGUGGAGGUGGAGGUGGAGGUCAAGAAACCCAAGCGGGCGGCCAUUCCCAAGGCCAAGGGCCUCACCCUGCAUUCCGUGGACCUCCCCACGGCCCUGGCCCUGCUGGCGCUACCUCGCGAGCUGGGGCCGCACCCCCAGGACGGACUGCCGGUGGUGGCGAACACGGGCCCGUUUGGGCCCUAUGUGGCGCAUAACGGACUAUCAGCCAGUCUGGGCCGCCGUGCUGGGUCCGCGCUGGAGGUGGAUCUCGCGUCUGCCGUACAGCUGCUGGCAGCUAAGAGGGCUCGUCAGGCGGCGAGGGAGGCGCAGGGCCUACCAGCUUCUCGUGCGGGCAGGGGCAGGAGGAAGAGCGCCGCCACGACUACUACUUCCACCACCACCGACGCCACCACCACCACCACCACCACCACCGCCACAAGGACGACGACGACGAGUAGGAGGGGGAGGGGGCGGGGGACGGCGGCAGCGAAGGCCACCAAAGGAAGCAGGGCCACGGGUGCCGCAGUCGCAGCCACUCCCCCCGACUCGCCAGGCGGCUCCCGGACGACCCGAUCCAGAACCGGCUACACGGUCUUCCUGCAGCAGCGGUGGCAGCACAUCAAGGAGGCGGAGGGCGGCCAGGUGCCGUACAGGGAGGCAGUUAGCCAGAUUGCGGCCGAGUGGCGGGCGCUGGGCGAGGAGGGCCAGCGCCGCUUUGGCGCAAUGGCGGUCGAGCCGUCGCCGUCGCCGUCGCGGACAGCGUCGACAGCGUCGCCGGCGGCGGCGGCGGCGGCGGCUGCCCCGCAACCUCCGCGCCCCAGCAGCGGCAACCCGUACCUCCGGUUCGCCGCCCAGCGGCGUCCUGAGCUCCGUGCCGCCCACCCUGGAGCGAGUCUGGGGGAGAUCUCCCGGCUGUUGGGGGCGGAGUGGGCGGUACUUGGUGAGGCGGAGAAAAACGCAUAUCGCUGA